AUGGGCACGGAAAGCGUCGAAGUUGUAGCGGACUACGUUAACUCGGCCGGAAUUGAGGUCGAAGUAAAACGUAAUGAAGACACUGCUACUAUGACGACGACGAUGAUUGCCGGGAUGUAUAAUCGACCAGACCACUUCUUGAUGCAGCACCUACCAGCAAAUGCUAUCGACACGAGUGGCUCACCGGAUUUACAAGACAGCUCAGUUUUGUCAUCGGAAGAUGGGGAUGCAAGGAAGGGAGGUUUCAAAGAGGAUAAACCCUUGAAUGGUUAUGUUUUACCUCAAGAUUUGAACCAAGUUCCCCGAUGCGCCGGUUGCAAGCAACUGGUGUUCGACCGCACUGUGAUGCGUGUCCUGAAUCAGUAUUGGCAUGGUACCUGCCUCAAAUGCAUGGACUGCGGUGUCUUCUUGUCGGACAAAUGCUUCGUACGUACGGAAGAGGUGUACUGCAAGAACGACUUUUUUCGGCGUUUCGGAACCAAAUGUGCUGGAUGUGAGAAAGGAAUUCCGCCCUAUGAAGUUGUCCGGACAGCACAGGAAAAUGUGUAUCACUUGGAAUGCUUCGUCUGUGUUACUUGUGACAAACUACUGAAUACUGGGGACGAAUUUUACCUGCUGAGAGAUCGAAAACUGAUGUGCAAGUUUGACUUUGAGACAGCAAAAGCAAGAGAAGCGGAGCUGGACAACACCAACAAGCGGCCACGAACCACCAUCACAGCCAAACAGCUGGAGGCACUGAAACGCGCGUACAACGAGAGUCCGAAGCCAGUACGACACGUGCGGGAACAAUUGAGCUCCGAGACCGGUUUAGAUAUGCGUGUGGUUCAAGUCUGGUUUCAAAAUCGCCGGUAA